UCUGGUAAAGAUGGCGACCGUGAGGAGCAGAAGAGUGAAAACUGGACGCUUUAUCCCUAAGAAACACCGUUGGUUCCAGACAUCGUAAACAUUGACGCGGGAGCGAACUUUAAUCGACCCCCUUUGUCCGCGACAGUGCGCUAUUUGGUGCUGUUUUGUGUGUCGUUGAAGACCUGGCUCCUUUUUCUUUUUCGGGGAAGGGCUGUCGUUGUAUUGGAUCGCUCAUUAGCUUCAAGUUGGAAAGCCAAUGCUAGCCGAGAGCUAGCCGUGUUGCUCCAUCGGCUGCUGGGAUCUCACUGCACGGCAUUCAUGGAUUGAUCGCUUCUACCAGUGUAAACGCUGGGCUCCAUGUUUCUAUUCCAAGUUGUAUUAAGAAGAUAAAAGCGCAAAUGACUCACUUGGAUUAAAAUACUUUUUUUUUUCUUUUUUUUUUUCUUUUUUUGGAGGAAUAAGGGGGCGCACACAACCUGGCAUUGCGACACUGUUUUGAGUGUCGAGUUUUGCCGUCAUGUAUUUUCUAACCGGCUGGCCCCGAAGGCUGCUUUGUCUGAGGAGUGAAGAGGAGCCCUUCCACAUCCAGCCCAGCUCCCAGAGGUUUUACUUCGCCGUGCUUUCACAGACACAGCUCGGCAUCUGGUUUAGUCGGCCCAGUGUUUUGAUUGUCAGCUAUAUCGAAUCUGCAAAGGCGGCGGCCCAGUUCGGCUCCUACCAGAAGGCAGAAUGGAAACCAGACGACUCCAUGAUAGCUGUGGCAACUGCCAACGGCUACAUCCUCUUGUUCGAUGUGUUGGGUGUCGGGGACGACAAGUCCCUCUAUGAGCCCGUGUAUCCAAAAGGAAGUCCUCUUGUGAAGGUGACCCCGGGUUAUAAGGAGGAACAAUGUGCCCCCGCUCUGUCUUUAGAGAUGAAGAAGCCCGUGGAUCUGGAAGCCCCCAUCACCAGUCUGCAGUCCCUACAGGAGGACUUGCUGGUGUGUACGGCAGACGGAUACCUCCACGUGCUGCACUGGGACGGGCUGGGCAGCAACGGACGUAAGGCUAUCUGCCUCACUACGAUCCCCUUCUCGCUAGACCUGCAGUCUGCUCGAGGUGGUCCCUCUCUGGACCUGGAGGGAGCAUAUAUCCGUUGUAUGGAGUAUUGUGUGACCCUGGACGGCUUCGCUGUGGUACUGAGUGACGGUCGCCUGGGCUUUAUCACACCGCUCAGCAACAACAUCACAGCAGAUCAGCUGCAGGGUGUCUGGGCAGCAGAUGUCACUGAUGGCACCUGUGUGGCUGUCAACAACAAGUACAGACUGAUGGCCUUUGGGUGUGCCAGCGGCUCAGUGCUGGUUUACAUGAUAGACACCACUACAGGGUCCAUGCAGCUUUCCCACAAACUGGAGCUCACUCCGAAACACUUCCCAGACAUCUACAACAAGACAGGCCCAGUCAAACUCAUCCGUUGGUCACCUGACUUCAGCGUUGCCAUGGUUACAUGGGAGUGUGGGGGCCUAUCGCUGUGGAGCGUCUUUGGAGCUCACCUCAUCUGCACUCUGGGCGAGGACUUUGCGUAUCGUUCUGAUGGUACCAAGAAGGACCCAAUUAAAAUCAGCUCUAUGAGCUGGGGAGCAGAGGGCUACCACCUGUGGGUGCUCCCUCACAUACAGGAAAAGAAAAGGCAGACGGAGGAGGAGGAGGAGGAGGAGAUGGACUCACCUCCUCAGCCCUCGCUUCAGGCAGGCAUACUUCAGUUUCACUUCAUCAAGUCUGCCCUCACAGUGAACCCCUGCACGAGUAACCAGGAGCAGGUGUUGCUCCAUGGUGAAGACCGCCUCUACCUGACCUGUGGUGACCCCACACAGGUCAACAGCACCUCUGACACACACGCGCACACACAUCUACACCCACGUGAGGGCAGCCCGAUGCACCAUCCCCCCAACCCAGACUCCUCUCUCUCUCAGGGACUCAGCACUUUACUGGGACACAAGCAUUGGCACGUGGUCCAGAUCCACAGCACAUACCUAGAAAGCAACUGGCCUAUACGGUUUGCAGCCAUAGACUCAGCAGGCCAGUGCAUGGCUGUAGCAGGGAGGCGGGGCUUUGCACACUACUCCUUAGUCACAAGAAAAUGGAAGCUGUUUGGAAAUAUUACGCAGGAGCAGAACAUGACAGUAACUGGAGGUCUGGCGUGGUGGAAAGACUUUGUAGUGGUGGCUUGUUACAAUUUUACAGACCAGCAAGAGCAGUUGAGACUCUAUCAACGCUCGACCAACCUGGACAACGCCUUCGCAUCCGUCACGAAGCUGCACUCAGACACUCUGCUGCUCAAUGUCUUCAGAGACAUGGUCAUCCUGUUCAGAGCCGACUGCUCCAUCUGCCUCUACAGCAUCGAGAGGAGGAACGACAGUCCCCACCCGACAGCCAGUGUGGAGUUGUUGCAGGAGGUGUCGAUGUCUCGCUACAUCCCUCACCCUGCCCUUGUGGUCUCCGUCACUCUCACCUCUGUACGCACAGAGACCGGGAUCACAUUGAAAGCGCCGCAGCAGGCCUGCAUGGCAGAGAGCAUCAUGUUGAACCUGGCUGGCCAGUUGAUCAUGCUGCAGAGGGAUCGUUCAGGACCGCAGGUACGAGACAAGGAGACGCCCGCCAACAACAAGAAGCUGCUGCCAUUCAGUCCUCCGGUAGUACUUGCCCAGUGUGUGGAGAAUGUGUGGACCACCUGUCGCUCCAACAGGAAGAAGCGCCACCUGCUGGAGGCCCUUUGGUUGUCAUGUGGCGAGGCAGGCAUGAAAGUCUGGCUGCCACUGUUUCCCAGAGACCACCGCAAGCCUCACACCUUCCUCUCCAGGCGCAUCAUGCUGCCUUUCCACAUCAACAUCUACCCUCUGGCCGUGCUGUUUGAGGACGCCCUCGUGCUCGGGGCGACUAAUGAGACUGUGCUCUACGAUGGGCUGCAGGGAUCCUCCGAGCCACUGGAGGCGCUGUUCCCCUUCUGCACUGUAGAGAGGACCUCUCAGAUCUACCUCCAUCACAUCCUGAGGCAGCUGCUGGUUCGCAACCUUGGUGAACAGGCUUUGAUGCUGGCUCAGUCGUGUGCCUCCCUCCCUUACUUCCCCCAUGUCAUGGAGCUCAUGGUUCACGUCGUGCUGGAAGAAGAGGCUACGUCGCGGGAGCCCAUCCCCGACCCUCUGCUGCCCACCGUGGCAAAGUUCAUCACAGAAUUCCCUCUCUUCCUCCGGACCAUUGUCCACUGUGCCAGGAAGACCGAGUAUGCCCUGUGGAACUACCUGUUCGCUGCUGUGGGAAACCCUAAAGAUCUGUUUGAGGAGUGUCUCAUGGCUCAAGACCUGGACACAGCAGCCUCCUAUCUCAUCAUACUGCAGAACAUGGAGGUUCCAGCAGUGAGCAGACAGCACGCCACUCUUCUCUUCAACACAGCGCUCGAGCAGGGCAAGUGGGACCUCUGCCGACACAUGAUCCGAUUCCUCAAAGCCAUUGGCUCUGGGGAGAUGGAGACUCCGCCCCCAACACCCACCACUCAGGAACCGAGUUCAACCGGAGGUUUUGAGUUCUUCAGAAAUCGCAGCAUCAGUUUGUCGCAGUCGGCCGACUCUGUCACUACAGGCAAGUUCAACCUGCAGAAGACUUUCAGUAUGCCGACUGGACCCUCUGUUAAAGGUCGGGAUGUGGAGUGUGCAGAGAACAUGUACAUUGACAUGAUGCUCUGGCGUCAUGCUCGCCACCUCCUCGAGCAGGUACGCCUUCGCGACCUCGGGUGCUUCUCCGCACAGCUUGGUUUCGAACUCAUCGGCUGGCUGUGUCGGGAACGGAACCGCGUGGCCCGCGUCGACGACUUUGUUUCGGCAUUGAAGAGACUCCAUAAAGACUUCCUCUGGCCCUUCCCUGUUAACCCCGCGGGAAGCCUCAGCUCACCCCUGAAGAACGGACGCUGUCGCACGGUUCUGAGCACACGGCUGUUGAAGUCGCAGUCAGCUGACAGCCUGCUGAACAGCGACAUGGACACAGCACCCACACAGGCUGCUCCAACCAAUCACACGUGGCUGGACGGGCUCGGCCAGAGACCCAAAGACAUGGACACGGCCUCUUCCUCACACUCCAACCAACACUCACCACAGACACACGAUGCGUUCCUGUCCCUGCUCACAAACAAAGUGGAGGAGUACAGCGUCGGCUCGGCCACAGACCUGACAGAGACCAGCUCGGUGGUGGAUGGCGAUUGGACGAGUGACGAGAACUCCUCCACUCUGAGCCUGAGUCAGGCCGAGCUUGAGCACAUCUCCAUGGAGCUUGCCAACAAAGGUCCUCACAAGUCACAGGUGCAGCUCAGGUAUCUCCUUCAUGUGUUUAUGGAGGCGGGCUGUUUGGAGUGGUGCGUUGUGAUUGGUUUGAUCCUGCGGGAUGCAAACGUCAUAAAGCAGGUGAUCGGCUUCCUUGACAGCCCUGAGGUUCCCCAAGAAACUGUACAGAGUGUUCGACACGGCUUAUUGGCUGUGGACACAUGGGCCUCCACUGACUGCCUGGGCUACAAACCGUUCCUGAACCUGAUCCAGCCACAGCUGCAGGAGCUGAUGGACUCAGCAGCAGGCGAGCCGGUGCAGCCCGAGGCCUUUCAGCCGAGCAGCCAGAGCUCCAAGCUCGGCUGCUCUGAAGUUCCGGGAGGUGCUGCGGCACCGCGGGCGGAGGACAGCAGAGGAGCAGUGUCUCAGCUUGGCUUGGCUCUGCCCUCCCUCGAGCCUGCGGGUGGUUUUUCUCGCCCCCCCUCUGAGGACUGUCCUCCUGAGCAGACAGAGGAGCAGGGAGAGGAGGAGGGAGCCUACGACUGCACCUUGUCCUGAAGCCAGGAGCCUCCUUUGGACUCUAACCUGUGAACCUUAGAGCCUCAGGAGGAGAGGAGAAAAACAGACUUUAUUUUGUGUGGGUGUGUGCACAGAAAGUACCUCUCCUUGCGGGUCUUACUUCAGUCAGUAUUAUCCACUCUUCAAAUGUGCCCUUUGUUUCGACUAAAACUCCUGUGGAUACUUCGCUAUAAACAGAGCGACACUACCUAUCAGCAAAAAGACACCAUCCCUCGAUGAGAGACAACAACCAGUCUGAUGGUUCCUUUCCAACAGUCCCAAUUUUACCGAAAUAUGCCGACAAAACCACCCAUGUCAGUCUGUGCGUAUAUAUUGAGUUGUGGUGGUUUGGAAGCUGUAGAGCAGCACAAAAGGCACCAAGAUCUUUUUUUUUCCAAGAAAGAAUUUUUUUUGUGUGUGUAACAUUUCUUUGGCACUCAUUCGAAUGCAACUGGAGACUUUGACCCGACAAAAAAAAACUAUUUUCAGUUUUAAAAAAAAAUCAGUUCAGAGGCUGUGUGUGUGUGUGUGUGUGUGUGUGUGUUGUGCUCGGUGUGUGAGUGUGCGCGUGUCUGUGUGAGAUCAUAGCCAUCAUGCUACAUCCCCAGAACAAAGCUCUCUAGUCAUGAACCAACAGUGUGUCCAAGUAAGUGUGCCGUGUGGAGAGUGGGUUUCAUACUUUCAUACCUCAUAUGAUUUUAAAAUAUUUUGUGAUACUUUUUUUCAAAAAAAUGUAACAUUGUACAAGAAAACCUUAUUUUUCUAUAAAUACCACCUUGUCCCUGACAAAAACAAUAAAUCACUCAUGGUAUGAAUUCUGUGUAAUUCUCAUGAAGCUAUGACCUUAAGAUUUCUAAGAUAACGACCUCUGAGAAGAAUCCACUGAUGUGAGUGCAGGCCAGUUUCUUUACCACUGAUUAGUCACUCAUUAGUAACCUGAUUAGUUAUUAGUUGCUAUGGUCCAGUCCCCUGAAGAGCAGAUUAGUGUUGACCUGAGGUGAGCAUGGUCAAGGCUGUAGUUAAUGCAGGGAAGAGCUCAAACAGACGCUCAAACACACAUUUGGGUUACAGUCUCCAUGUUGGAGAUUUAAAAAAAAAAAAAUGUGUUGUGUAUCAUCAUCAAGGCAGAUUGUGUGAUUAAAUCCAUCCUGUUAUUUAGGUUGAUCUUUUAUUGUGGAACAUCAUUCAUCCUUGGUGAGAAGUGAUCAGUAUCAUUUCUCCCUCCUGAUAAACCUAAACUCGAGGAGUCCUCUGAUUGUGGUGUGAUAAUACAUCAAUACAUGGAAAAAAACACUUGAUUGCUGACAUUGUGCUAGCUUUACAUAGUUGUUAGUGUAUCGGUGCAUUUACAAGCAUUCUCGCUGAUGCAGCAUUUGAGGCUGAAUCGGAGGUUGAUGCAGAAAACUGGUUUUGGUACCAGAACACCUCAACUCGUCAGGACUUUUAAGGUCACAUGUCAGUCUUUGGUUGUGUAAUAUUAUUCUCACAACUUAAGGACUUCUACUUUCGUCCAGAUCAACAAACAUAUCACAUCCCUGUACCGCUUGAGACGAUGGUCGCUGUUUUUUUGUUUUUGUUUUUGUUUUUGUCACAAACAUUUGUGUUUUUCUGUGUGGAUUUCUGAGUGUGUGUAUCACACUGUUGACAUGCAGUUUGUUUUUAACGGUAUUAGUCCUCAUAUUUACCGUUAUUUAUUGGCAUUAUAGCUGAGUGGUAAUUAAUGAAUUGAUGCUUAGUUUGUUUAAAUAACUGAUAACCCCCUCCCAUUGAGUUAAUCAAAGUCCUGCAUUGGCUCUGUACCACAAGCACUAAACGGUUAAUCACAGACAGUAUUAUAAUGUGCAAUGUAUUCAAAUGUUACUCAGCUUUAUUUUUUUAAUGUGCUUCACUUCCUGUCUUUUUUUUUUGCUCCCAGAGUUUUCUGCUUCUGCUUUUCAUGAUCGACCAAAUAAUUUCUAUAGGUGAGGUUUUGCUGCGAGAGGACUUAGGUGUGUAGUUUCAGUUCAAUUUAAAUUUUUCAGAGAUUUUUUUCGGUUUCUUUGAACACUUUAUUCAUCAAAAGGGCAAAAUGACUAUGAAGCACAUUGUUGUUGCUUAUGUAAACAUGAAUCCUGUCGCCCCCUUUUUGAACAAGCCUACCGCUCCACGAUGUUGCUGCACUGUGAGCUUUACUUGAAAACAGUAACACGAUGAACCAAAGACUUUACGUCCAGAGGCCUUCUGUUUUAACUGUUGGACUCAUUAUGCAUAGGGGGCAAAAACACACAAAACCCUCCCUGAAACAUAAACAUGAAUACUCUAAACUAAUGCUGACAGCAUACAAGACAGUUUCCUACGGAAAUGAAUAUUACAGAUCUUUUCUGAGCAGGUCGGUCGGGUGUUUCUGGUGGUACUCGGGUGUCCCGUUCACUCAGAGGUGGACGGCGCUCCCUCCCCUCCUCCUGUGUACAGUGUAAAAGUAUUUCCUGUUUCCUGACUCAGAGUGAAGUUUCAUUUCUGGGGCGAGAGCAGCAAACAUCCUCAAUGCAAUGUAAAGAUGCUCUCUUGUACAUUUGCCUUUUCUAUUCAGUUUUGGUUUUCUACUUCAUUUUUUUCCUUGUACAUACAGACCAAUAAAUUAUUUUUAAAAAUGG